UGGCGCUGUUGGGGCCGUACUUUUUGCAGUGAGCUAGCUAGCUGCCGUAAAUUUUCGAUUCGCUUUUGAUCUUGCGUCUGGUCACGGCUUGGGAGUGACUGUCGUUUGGUGCUGUGUCCGUUCUAGCUAGCUUGGUAUUGAACGUCCGCCAUGGCCGCUAGAUUACCCGCGUGUGUGCUUGAUGCAGGCACGGGGUACACCAAGCUGGGUUUUGCUGGCAACACCGAGCCACAGUUCAUCUUCCCAUCGUCCAUAGCCGUCAAGGAAUCAGCCAAAGUCGGCGAUCAAGCGGCGAGAAGAGUAACGAAAGGCGUAGACGACCUGGACUUCUACAUCGGUGACGAUGCGACGGAGAAGUCGGGAUACUCGAUCAAAUAUCCGAUCCGCCAUGGUGUGGUGGAGGACUGGGACCUGAUGGAGCGUUUCUAUGAGCAGUGCAUAUUCAAAUACAUGAGAGCAGAGCCGGAGGACCAUUUCUUCCUACUCACAGAGCCUCCGCUAAACUCGCCAGAGAAUCGUGAGUUUACGGCCGAGAUUAUGUUCGAGUCGUUCAAUGUUCCAGGCCUGUACAUCGCUGUCCAGGCUGUGCUGGCUUUGGCCGCAUCGUGGACAUCGCGACAAGUUGGCGAGCGGACGCUCACAGGAACGGUCAUUGACUCAGGUGAUGGUGUUACCCACGUUAUUCCAGUGGCCGAGGGCUACGUCAUUGGCAGCUGCAUCAAGCAUAUUCCCAUCGCUGGCAGGGACAUCACCUAUUUCGUGCAGCAACUGCUGCGUGAUCGCGAGACUGGUAUUCCACCAGAGCAGUCACUGGAAACAGCCAAGCUGGUGAAGGAACGCUACGGCUACAUCUGCCCUGACGUGGCCAAAGAGUUCAACAAAUACGACACGCAGCCGGACAAGUGGAUGAAGAAACAUGAUGGUGUUAAUCCGGUUACCAAGCAGAAGUGGAGCAUUGAUGUUGGCUACGAGCGCUUCCUCGGGCCGGAGAUCUUCUUUCACCCGGAGUUCUCCAAUCCCGACUUCACCAUUCCGAUUUCCGAGACCGUCGACACUUGUAUUCAGAACUGCCCGAUUGACGUGCGCCGUCCGCUGUACAAGAACGUCGUGCUCAGCGGCGGCUCGACCAUGUUCAAGGACUUUGGCCGCCGUCUGCAGCGCGACGUGAAGCGCGUGGUGGACGCGCGCCUGCGGCUGAGCGAGGAGCUGAGCGAGGGCCGCAUCAAGCCCAAGCCGAUGGACGUGAACGUGAUCACGCAUCACAUGCAGCGCUACGCUGUCUGGUUCGGCGGCUCCAUGCUGGCCAGCACGCCAGAGUUCUAUCAGGUGUGCCACACGAAGAAGGACUACGACGAGAAGGGCCCCAGCAUCGCGCGCCACAACCCGGUCUUCGGAGCGAUGUCAUAAGUCUGCCCCGUGUGUCUCUAGACGUCCCGUUGUACAGCCACCACUCAACCAGCGGAGCACUACUGCUGCCGAUAUCGCUUUCUCAAGGUUGGUUGGGCGUAUUAUCACCAACUCCUUUUUCAAUGCUACCUUGUACCCGCAGCUUGGUUCGCUAUCCGGGUACGAGUGUCCCCCGCUUAGUAGGUGACCAUUCUGUGCAUACGUCAUGUGCUUGCCAGUGUUUGUGCGUUUCUGUGCCUAUUUUACCCAAUUGUUUUCGGAAUGCACCAUUUCCCCAUGCCAGUGUGCGUACCGUAUGUAACAAAGUCAUCUAUAGUGGUGACGUUUUUGCCGGCACCUGGAGCCGCUUUUUUUGAUUUUCCAACUAGUUGUUAUAUUUGCGGUUUUAACUCAAUCUUCUUGCACGGUGCUUUCCUUUUGUUGGCAAAUUGACCUUACUGCUUCCCGGGUGAUGUUCGAUGUUGCGAUCACGGCUUCUUUGAGGUUGUGUAUGAAUUGAAGUUGGCUCAGAAA